AUGCCGAUUGUGGCUCUUCCACCUGCCACUGUUCGGGCCAUUGGCUCAACAUCUAUCAUCUCUGACCCGUACUCACUGGCGAAAGAGCUGCUGGACAAUGCCCUAGAUGCAUUUGCAACUUUAGUGUCUGUCGAAAUUUCGCAGGACACGGUCGGCCUUCUUCAGGUCAAAGACAACGGACAUGGAAUUCCUGCAGACGACUACAUGGUUGUAUGCAAACGCACCUUCACAAGCAAGAUCCAUACUGUCGAAGACUUGCAGAAAGUAGGCGGGAAAUCGCUUGGAUUCCGUGGUGAAGCAUUGGCCAGUGCUGCUGAGCUAUCUGGUGCUCUGAAUAUUUCCACUAGGGUCGAGACAGACCCUGUUGGGUCCUCUUUGGAGUAUGGCAGAAAUGGGGAGCUUACCAGGACUGAACGUAUCUCCCAUCCCGUUGGAACGACUGUUCGCAUUUUGAACCUGUUUCAGCAGAUACCGGUUCGGCGGCAGACCGCUAUCAAGAACUCCAAGAAAACGCUGCUCAAGAUCAAGAAGAUGGUGCAGGCAUAUGCCAUGGCUAGGCCUUCUAUCAGACUGUCUUUCAAAGUCCUGAAGGCAAAAAACGAAAGUUUAAACUGGAUGUAUGCCCCAGGGGAAAAUGGUACGCUCACGGAGGCAGCAUUGAGGGUCGGCGGUACUGGGAUUGCCCCUAACUGUAUCCUCAAAAACUGGCCAACUCCCUCUAAAGAUGGGAAUGCCUCACCAGAAGACUUGGGGUUCAGACUAGUUGCGCUACUCCCCAAAGUCGGCUCAGAUAUCACCAAGUUCAACAAUCUAGGUCAAUACAUAAGUGUGGACAAUAGGCCACUUUCAUCGGGGCGAGGAUUUGCGCAGGAUAUUACAAAGCUCUUUAGAAGAUACCUACGUUCUGCCGCAUCGCGCGAUGGUCUGUCGCCGCCAAUCAACGAUCCUUUUCUUUGCGUUCAUGUCCUGUGCCUUGGAGGAGCUUAUGAUGCCAACAUCGAACCAUCCAAAGAUGAUGUCUUAUUUGAGAAUCAACAGGCUGUUCUUUCUCUGGUGGAAGAUCUCCUCCGAGAUACCUAUGGCGAUCUGUCGAAUGUGCACGAGGAUCAUGGCUCGACUGGACAGGGCAGGGGAACGUCCCAGCGAAAUGGAUUCGAAGCUCUCCUGUCCAAAAAGCAGCAAAGUGCUGCACUCUCCACCCCUGCCCUGGAUUCUAGUCCACAAGAGAGAAGUUCCGUGAGCGCCCGCCUGUUCGCACGUCCGGAAUCCUGUCGCAGCCCUCCGGAGCCUCAUAGUUGUGGAGAACAAGCUGACCGCUCAUUAUUAACUCGACUUAAUAACCCGAGGGCCACAAUGGGAACUGCAUCUCCUGUUGUUGACGCACAAGAUCAAGGACGACUAAGUCUACAUAAAAAAAUUCACUUGCCUGGAAUCAAUAUAAAUCCACGCGAGACAAGACAGCGUGACGAUGUUCGUCCAUGCUUACCCAGCCCAACAUCUAGCGCAGACUCUCCCGCUGCAGCUUUGAAUACCACUCCUUCCUCGAGUCUAGGUCCAUCGCAGCUUUCACCAGCAACUUCGGCGCGGGAUCGCCAGCAACAGAGGCAGAUUGGCAGGGAACGUUACGGAAACGGGUCAUUGGAUACCUGGUUUCUGAAGCUGUCACAGUCAUCGCAGUCUCCUGCGGCUACCGAAGAACCAGAAACACAGAUCGAGGAUCCUCCGCUAUCUCAGCUCACGCAGGAUUAUUUCGGUACUGAGAGAGCAAGACCGAAUGGCACAUCCGAUCUGGCAAACAAUCCAUCCCAAACCGCCUCGGAGAUCAGCCUGCAAGACUCUUUAGCAGAUUCAGGCUCCACAGAAGGGUCUCCACGCACCCUAGCACGGCCUGCAAGGUUCGUUAACAAGCCUGGAUUACCUGUUCUUGAACAAUGGUCAGCCAGGUUAUACAGCGCCGCGAGUCCCGAGGAGAACCCCGAGCUCCAGAAGGCUCUCGAAUUCGAAACAAGGAAGAAAGCUGCCAUUCAAGAACGUCGAAUGCAGCUUCAGAACCCCAAACCUACAACUUCAAAAAACUCUCCCCAUCAGAGCAGGUACCUUGCCGCUCGGGCUGCCUUGAGCUCUCAGCCUAGACCUAGUUCUGUCACGCAGCAGUCGCGAUCAGAAUUGGGCGAGAUUUCAUCACACGGCACCGGGGUGUCAAAGACGUUUCUAAGCCCGCAAGAUCCAAGGGCAUACCUCAUACAGCUCCAGAACAGUGAUGUUCCCGGUGGUCCAAAACUCAAGCGGAUAUCGUCUGCCAAAUUGCCUUUUGAGAAAAUCCCCGAGGAACAUGACUUACAUUCUAUGGGCCUUACAUUACCUGCAGGGCUGCCGUUGAUCUAUUCAUCUUUCAAGAACUUAUGGAUUAAUGAUCUAUAUACGCAGUCUGGUGAGCAGGUCGAGGGGUUUGUUUCUCCUGAUAUAAAGACGGCUUUUGAAAGCUGGGACGCCCACUUAUCGAGUUUAAUUAGAGCUCGUUAUAGAUUGGCGAAGAACUCUGAUAUCCCGAAUCUUCAAUUCGAUUUCUCCGAAUUGUCUCGGGUAUCUCAGGGCAGUGGUUAA